UAUAUUCAUAAUGUAGUACAUAGAAAGAUGUAUACACUUCUAAUUUUUUUCUACACAACUUUAGGCUACGAGAACGUCUCAGUAUAUGGAGAAAUUGCAAAACCUGAAGUACAGCACUUCAUUUGCGUCGAUGGAUCCAGAAUAUCACUUAGCGACGUAUGCAAUGGAAAACCGGAAUGCCCAGAUUCUUCGGACGAACUUAGAAAGCUGUGCCAGCACGUUGUGUGUCCAACUUCUAUGUAUCGCUGUGCCUACGGUGCUUGCGUUUCCCGAGAUUCCAGGUGCGAUGGUCUUCAGGAUUGUACUGAUGGCAGCGACGAGCUCCAUUGCCAAGUAACUGAAAUUUGCUCGGAUCGUGAAUUUCAGUGUGUCAAUUCUACCGAGUGCAUUAGUCUGUCAAAAAUCUGCAAUGGAUAUCCAGACUGUUUGGAUAGUAGCGAUGAAAGCAGUAUACUGUGUAACGAAUAUCCUUGUCCUAUGCACACGUAUCAUUGCCUCUAUGGAGGAUGCGUACACCAGGAAGUAAUAUGUGAUGGUAUCAAGGAUUGCAUUGAUGGCUCGGAUGAGAAUGAUGCAGUGUGUGCAGCAAUCAACUGUGUGGGAGAUGAGUGUCAAAAUUAUAAAUGCAGAGACGGAGAAUUCAGCUGUGACAGCCAAGGACAGUGUUUACCAGAAAGUAAAGUUUGCGAUGGAGUCCAUCAGUGUAGAGACGGUUCUGAUGAGAAUUCGAAAAUGUGCAAGUCGCGGGAUUGUCCGCAGGAUUGGUUCAGAUGUGCGUACGGUGGAUGCAUUUCGAAGAAUCUUACGUGCAAUCUACAGCCCAACUGUUAUGACUGGAGCGACGAAGAGGAGACAAUCUGCGGCGUGUCUUUACCAGAGGGAGCUUGUCGUUUACCUCCAGCCCAACCAGGAACACAUUAUACCGUUGUAAAUUGUCCCGAGUGUCGACCUGGUGACGUUGUGGCAGAACUGACACGAUUGGACUAUACGUGUGACGUGGAGGGUUCGUUGGAAGGUUCUAGUAGCAUUUAUUGUCAAGAUAAUACGUGGCUUCCAUCCGUCCCUACUUGUCCCACAGGUACCGACACGAUAACGUGUCCCCCGGUGGAAUCGGGGGGUGUAAUUAAACGCUGUGAAGCAAAGUGGGGACCUCAUCAAGGUUGGAUCUCGUGUGAGUCACCGGUUCCAGUUGGUACGCAAGUCACUUUAGAAUGUCCAGCUUAUUACGAACGCGUGAAGGGCGUUACUAGGGUCACGUGUCUUCACGAUGGUACCUGGAGCCAGUUGCCAUUGAGCUGUAAUCCAAUUUGCGGAAGAAGAGAAUCUUCAGGUUUCAGUUUUAAUAUUAUUUUAGUUGCUGCGUUGAUAGUCAAAGGCUGGGAAGUAGUACCUGAUGAAUCUUUACCAUGGCAUGCUACAUUAUUUUCUCACGAUGAUGGGAAAUGGGACUUCUUCUGCGGCGGUACUCUGAUAGCAGAGCGCGUUGUACUUACUGCUGGUCAUUGCGUAUGGAAGACGUCAGUGGAUACCAUUAAAGUAGCUUUAGCUGCUUAUUCGAGUAAUUUCAGUAAUCUAGGAGGAGAUGCUCAAAUUCUGAACGUGGAAAGGAUUGAGGUACAGGAUUCGUAUCAGGAUCACGAAGGAAAUUAUGGCUCGGACUUAGCGCUAUUGAUUCUCAAUAAACCACCUGUUAUCAACUCCGUUAUUAGUCCGGCCUGUAUAGACUGGAUAAACACGCAGGAUGUAUCUCAGAGAAUUGGUGACAUUGGAUUAGUUACUGGCAUGGGAGUUACGGAGAACGACACGUAUAGUUCCAUUUUGAGAGUAACGACAGUUCAAUUAGUCUCCGAUGAGAUGUGUCGUGAGAAGCAAAAAAGAGAUUUUCGAAAAUACUUGACCUACACUUCCUUUUGUGCUGGUUGGGGCAAUGGAACUAGUGUUUGUAAUGGAGACAGUGGAGGUGGUUUAGUUUUGCAAAAGCCAAAUUCAACAUUUUGGGAAGUUCAUGGUGUAGUGUCUAUCAGUCCUCGUCGACCUGGAACAAGUUUUUGUGAUCCGAUGUUUUAUACAGUUUUUACAAAGGUUUCAGUAUACCGUACGUGGAUCAAGCAAAUCUUAAACACAGUUGCAAUCGUUGGACCACCCGAUAUGAAGCUGAAACCAAAUACGGAUAUCGUGAACAUGGAUUCAGUAGUUUGAUUGAUAUUAAUAAAUAAGUUCAAACUAAACAGAUCGUCUCUUAUUUAUUUAAUAUCAACAAAUAAAACACUUAUUGCGUAAUAUCUA